AUGAGAGCAGGUUUUGAUGUGGUUCAAGGUGAUCUUGAGUUGAUCCAACCCCAUGAACAAUGGGACUACAGCAACACUCAUGGUCCUUAUGUCACAAGUACUAAUAUAAAUUCUAGCUCGGUAAAUGGUUUUAGUGAUUAUAGUUCAAAGCCGCAUGUGAACUUAGAGCGACCGAAUGAGCUAUCUGAAUGGGUUGAGCAAGUCACUAAAACACUCAUCGAAGACAUGCCAGAAUCCAACCCCGAAGAGAGCUUCCAGACGGAUGCUGACGUGCCAACUACUUAUGGUAGUAGUGUUUCCCCUCAAAUGUGUGAAACAAGACCACGAAAGAUGGCAAGGAUGAAUAAUUGGUCGGAGGAGGUUCAAGUUGGUGAUCAGCAAGGUAAUCAAGGGUUGAGUUUGAUAGCGCUUUUGUUUGAGUGCGCUGUUGCUAUUUCGGUUGAUAAUUUAGGCGAGGCUCAUAGGAUGGUUCUAGAGUUAACCCAAAUGGCUUCCCCUUAUGCACCAUCUUGUGGGGAGAGGGUUGUUGCUUAUUUUGCAAAGGCCAUGGCUAGUAGGAUUGUAAACUCAUGGCUAGGCUUUUGCUCACCUUUGACUAACCAUAAGCUAAUUCAUGGUGCUUUUCAAGUCUUCAAUAAUAUCUCUCCGUUUGUCAAGUUUGCUCAUUUCACUUCUAACCAAGCCAUUUUGGAGGCCUUUCAACGUCGAGAAAGAGUUCACAUAGUGGACCUUGAUAUUAUGCAGGGUUUGCAGUGGCCUGCAUUAUUCCAUAUUCUUGCCACACGAAUGGAAGGCCCGCCACAUGUCAGAAUGACUGGAAUGGGCGCUUCCAUGGAACUCCUACUGGAGACCGGAAAACAACUCUCAAACUUUGCCAAACGUCUCGGGAUGUCAUUUGAGUUUCAUCCCGUGGCAAAGAAAUUUGGAGACAUAACUGAUCUCUCCAUGCUACAAAUUCGAAGAGGAGACGCGCUAGCAAUACAUUGGCUUCAACAUUCACUUUAUGACGCCACAGGAACCGAUUGGAAGACCAUGAGACUCCUUCAAGAGCUUAACCCUCGAAUCAUCACCUUAGUUGAACAAGAUAUAUCUCAUGGAGGCUCAUUCCUAGACCGAUUUGUUGGUUCUCUUCAUUACUACUCCGCUAUAUUUGAUUCUCUUGGGGCGUUCCUCCCUAGCGAAGACACAAGCCGUCAUCGUGUAGAGCACUCGUUGAUCCAUAGAGAGAUCAACAACGUUCUCGCGGUUGGUGGACCGGGAAGGAGUGGGGAUGAUAAAUUUAGGGUAUGGAGAAGUGAAUUAGGAAGAAACGGGUUCUUGCAAGUGCCAAUGAGUGGGAAUUCAUUAGCACAAGCUCAGUUGAUUCUUAAUAUGUUUCCACCAACACAUGGUUAUAGUUUGGUUCAAGUAGAUGGGACACUUAGAUUAGGAUGGAAAGAGACUGCUUUGUAUACUGCUUCUGCUUGGACUUGUCAUGUUUCAAGAUAG